UCCCUAUUCAUUAUAACAUUACUACCUAUAUAUAUCAAAUUUUCUUUACCAAAUCAUCAUUCAUUAAUACAAAGGGCAAAAGAAAAUACAUUAUUUCCUUUCCUAUGUCGUUUUGCUAACCUCCAAUCAUUAUUCUAUAAAAAAAAAUACAACUUCAUUAGACGAUCGAAGUCCCCCUUUUCCUUCCCUCUCUGAAACCCUUACGCCCACAAAAUUCACUUUGGUUAAACCCUUUCGUCUCCCCAAAAGGCUCGUGCCCAGUCAAUUCCGAGAAGGGAAUCGAGUAUCUCGGAAGGCUACUCUGACGACGGAUUGGUUUUGGCGCAUGUAAGUAGUCGAAUUCCUGUUUCAAUUUCCUCUGUUCUGCAUCAAAGGAUUUUAUGUGCAUGCAAUUUUUAUUUUAUUUUGAUGUUGGCGCUUGUGCUCUCUCUUUGAUGUUCCUUCUAACCCUUUCGUACACCUCCAUAGACUCGAGCCUACUCAAUCGCUAGCCAAGGAAUUGUGAUAGAAAGGAAGCUAUUACCGACAUCAAAUUGAUUUCGGAGUUCUUAGUCGGUAUGAAACCACAUCCUUCUUUCAUGCUCCUCGUUCCUCUGCCAAAGGUUUUUGUACUGUUCUCAUUUGUUUCGGCCGCUGAUAUCAUCAUCAUCAUCCUUCUUGUACAUGAGUUUACUUUUCAAGAGGCAAGGCUGGUUAUGAUUUUUUUCUUACAUGCUUGUGCUUUCUUGGUUGUGUGAAUUCCCUUCGAGAUAUAAGUGCUUCUAUGUAUGUGUGUAAGGGUUUAGAUUGGUGGAAUCUCUGGUUUAGGGUCAUUUUGUUGAUUUUUCUAUUAAACCAAGUGAAUUUGUGUUAGAUUCUUGCUCAAUAUAUUCCUAGAGAUUGAUUUGAUGAUUGAAAACAUAUGUGAGGGUGAAUUUGCCUCUGUCAAAACUGCCAAGUAAUAACUAAAGAUGAAGUAAGUGCAACAUACAUGGGGCUGGCCUCAUAAUCCUUUCUUUGGCCCUGAUUUGAGAGAGAAGUUCAUAUAAGAGCCAAAUUGAAGAACCUCUGUUCCAAUUUUGUUUUAAUAUUGAAUAUAGGGAGUGAUUGAUCCUUACAUUAUGUUUUUACAUGUGUUAAGUCAUUAAAAGUACAACUUGUUCAGGAUUUGAAGUAAUAGGUUUGCUCAUGUUGAAUGGGUCUUAUAUGCGCAGGUGGUUUCGACAUUCUUCACUGUGAUUUAGGAACUCCCAAAACAGCCCAGCAGUGAAGGUUAAUCUAUCUUUAUGCAUAGUGAAAAUGAACAAAGAUUGGAUGAAGCUAAAGAAUAGAUUUUCUGAAGAAUAUAUAGCUGGGGUUGAGGAAUUUAUAAGGGUUUCAACUAACAAUGUUGAUGAACUUGGUAGAAUAAGAUGCCCGUGUAAAAUGUGCAAUAAUUUCUACUUCAAAGUUCUAAGCAUGGUGAAAACUGAGAUAUUUAGGCAUGGCAUGGUGGAGACGUAUACCAGAUGGAUACAUCAUGGCGAGCCAUUUGAGGUUGGCAGCAAUAGCAACACAAACCAGCCGCAUUCUCCUUUUGAGAAUGAAAUUGAAGUGAUAGAUACUAACAUUCCUGAUAUGCUGGAUGAUUUAGGCCGAGCUACUGCUGGAAGUUUUCCUUCAACAGAUGGGGCAACAACUAAUAAUCCUAGUUUAGCAAAUCUUUCUGGCAAUUUAACUAGGUUAAUCAAGGAUGUCAACUGUCCUCUAUAUCCGGGAUGCAAGAAGUUUUCAAAACUAUCCUUCGUCAUGAAAAUGAUGAAUAAUAAACUACUAACCAAUAGUAGUGAUAAAGCUUUUAACUUGAAUUUUGAGCUAGCUAUUCAAGGAUGCUUUACCAAAUGGGGACACACUUCCAACUUCAUUCUAUGAGGUUAAGAAAUACAUGAAAGAUCUCGGUUUUGGUUACACUAUAAUAGACGCAUGUCCCAACAAUUGCAUUAUGUUUAGAGGUCCUCUCCAAAAUGUAAAAACAUGUCCAAAAUGUGGGGAAUCUAGGUACAAACCUGGUAAACAGAAGGAGGUGGCCCAAAAAAAAAAGCUCGAUAUUUCCCAAUAAAAGAUAGGCUACAAAGGUUGUUCAUGACAAAAGACCUUGCUAAAGACAUGAGGUGGCAUAAGGAAAAAUGUGUUGAUGAUGAUGUACUCAGGCAUCCUGCUGAUGGAGAAACUUGGAAGCGGUUUGAUAGAGAUCAUAGCUGGUUUGUUUCGGAUCCUAGGAAUGUUCGACUUGCUCUUCUUAGUGAUGGGUUUAAUCCAUUCAGAAACAUGACUACUAGCUAUAGCAUGUGGCCUGUAGUCUUAACACCAUAUAAUCUACCUCCUUGGAGCUGUAUGACAGAGCCUUUUUCCCUCAGUGUUCUGAUACCUGGAAAGCAAUUCCCGGGUAAUAAUAUACAUGUUUAUUUAGAGCCUAUGAUAGAACAAUUGAAAUAAUUGUGGGAGGACGGGGUCAAUACUUAUGAUGCAUGUGCUAAGGAAACUUUUCACUUACAUGCUGCAUUGUUAUGGACAAUAAACGACUUUCCAGCAUAUGAAAUGUUAUGUGGGUGGACUACUAAGGGUAAACUAGCAUGUCCUAUGUGUAAUAACGAGACAUGUAGCUUGCGUUUGCAAUAUGGAAAGAAAGAGUGCUACAUGGGUCAUAGAAGGUGGUUGGACAAAGAUCAUCAGUGAAAAAAAAAGCAAGAAGUUUGAUGGAAAGACGGAACACAUAGGAAAACCUAAAAAUUUAUCGGGGACAGAAGUACUUGAACAGAUCAAUAGGGCCUUUCCUACAAAUAUUGCUGCCAGCGAGAUUGGUAAAAGAAAAGGGGUGCUUCGUAGAAUGUAUUUAACUGGAAAACGAAAGCCUCAUUUUGGAGUUUGCCAUACUGGAAAACUAUAGAAUUACGGCAUAACUUAGAUUUUAUGCAUGUAGAAAAGAACAUAAGUGAUAAUGUGUUAGCAACACUACUUAAUAUCGAUGGAAAGACCAAAGAUACAUCUAAUGCUCAGAUGGAUUUGAAACUCAUGGGUGUUCGAAAGGAAUUACAGCUGCAGAGAUACGGUGAUCAAUUUAAAAUGCCUCAAGCUUCAUAUACCUUAACUUCAGAACAAUGUAGGCAGUUCUGUGACUGGUUAAAAACCAUCAAGUUUCCCGAUGCCUAUGCCUCAAACAUUUCUCGUUGUGUAACUAGUGAUGGUAGGUCAAUAACUGGGAUGAAAAGUCACGACCACCAUGUGUUCUGACAACGUCUAUUGCCUGAUGCGGCACAUGGGUUAUUGGGGAAAGAAGUCUACAAAACUUUGGAAGAGAGAUACAACUGGAAGCAGAAUUGCAAGAGGAAAGAGCUGAAUCUGAGAGAAGAACUAAGGAAUUUGAGGCCAAGAAUCCCAAGAGGAGAAUAUACAAAUUCAGGAUGAGAAAAUACAACUUCAUGAGGAGAAGUUACAAAUGCAAGGUGCGGAAGUGCAGCAACUAUGAGAAUCACAAGAGAAACUUCAGCAGCAGAUGGAGUCAUUUGCUGCAGCACUAAAUCGGAAAUGACCAUGGAUUCCUUCAGCCGAAGGUAACUAUCUAUAUUCCUAGUCCAUUGUUCUUAAAGGAGCUGAAUUUAUAUAUGUCUCGUUCUCAUGCUGAGUUGUGUGUUGGGAUAACAACUAUUUAGAUUAAUUGUCACUUGAACAUGGAUGUGAGUAAGUGACAAACUAUCUUCUUUUUCAUUGUUUUCUUACAGAUGUUGAAGAUUACUAGGAGCAAUGAUUAGAUGACAAGGGAAGAUGUUAAAAAUUAGAAGUAUGAACUGUCCAUUUUGUCGUAGGAUGUUCUCCUUUAUGGUGAACCAACGCUAAACUUGUUCGGAAGCCUUUUUCUGGAUUUCGUUGGAAGACUAUGUUGAAAUCAAGAUGGUACUGAAUCGAAUGUUUGGAUUUGGAUAGAAGGAUUAGUUUUAUUUAAUGUGAUUGGAUUCUCUAGUUAUGACUAUGAACACAUGGUUCAAUUCUGGCAAUUUUUGUGUGUCAUUCAUGGUAUAUUUUGACAACACAUUUGUCAUAAUAUAAAACAGAAAUGACACGGACAUGUUGUCAUAAUAUCCAAAUAAUAUAAUCUGAAAAAACAAAAGUCGUCAUUUAUUAUGGAAUUUAUGACAAAUUUAUCAAUUGUCAGAAACUGCAAUAAUGAUUCGUAAACCGUCCAAAUUCUAUAGGUAUGACAAAGUAAAAUUUGUCAUAAUCCAACAACAGAACGAAUAUCAAUUGUGACAAUAGUCGAGUAUGACAAAAUGUAAUUAUCAUACUUUGCUGUGUUUGUCACAUUAAGUUAGAUAAAACUUGACAUCUCGUGACAAACACCGUUGUAGAAUGACAACUUUGUCAGCUUAAUACGACAAAUCCUUUUGUCACAUUAGUGACAUGUUUAUGACAAUUUAUAAAGGUCACAUUAUUGGUAGAUCUAGUAUGACGAACAUCUAAAAGUUUUGUCACAUUAAGUCAACGGCGACGGCGUAUUACGACAACGUUAAUGACGAAUGAUAUUUGUCACAAUGGAUGUAACAUGACAAAUUCAUAAUGUAUUGUGACAAAGUCCUUGCGUCAUAAUAGACCUAAUUUGUUGUAGUGAGUUCAUCAUAUCUGGAACCUGCUGGCUGAAUCUGGCUCGCUGUGGGUUGCGUGGGAGAAGAAGUACAGGUUGAAGCUCAAAUCCAUAUGGGGUAUCUCAAGCGAGUCAGUAGGAACGUGGAUUUGGCGGAAGAUUUUGAAGAGCAGAGCUGGGGUAAGAUCUCAUAUCUCUGGCAGUGGUAAUUUACUAGCUUGGGAUGGAAAGGUAUUACCUAAGUAUUCUGUUAAACUUGUCUGACAUACCAUAAGGAGUCCUAAUCUCCUUGUUGAUUGGCAUAAGACUGUUUGGGAAAAACUGUUUAGUCCUAAACACAGUUUACUAUUAUGUUUAGUUGUCCUGAAUUGUAUUGUUACAAAUGAUAAGCUUUAAACUGGGGGUUGGCUGGAGAAUGUUCUUGUGUUCUUUGUCCAGGUGGAGAAGAAUCUCGUGAUCACUUAUUUCUUGGAUGCCCUUACCGCAGCUAUGUCUUGUCAAAAUUACUAAGCAGAUUUUGUAGGAUCCCUGUUUUCACUACAUGGUCCGAGCAUUUGAGUUGGGGCAGUGAGGCAGUGGUCCAGUGGUACAGUGUUAGCAGGUGAAGGCAGGCAGGUUAAGAUGGUGUCUUUGCAUUAGUUAUGUGUGGCGUGAGCGUUGUUGCUGAGCUCAUGAUGCUGUCAUAUGUCCACCAAGUAAGCUGGUUGGAAGGAUUUAAGAAGAAGUGAAAUGGAUAAUUAAAGCCAAACCUGAAGCAGGAAUGAAGCAGAGAUGGAUUUUUUUUUAAUACUUUAGUAGAUAGUUACAUUGAGUAGUUAUUGAUAUGGCUAUGAACUAUUUGUACAUGGAGGAGGAGUUUUGCAGUUUGCAACUCCCGGGCUUAAUUGAAAUUUUGAUUAACCAUAAAAAAACAUCAUGUUUACCACCGUCUGGUCAACCGUUAAAUAUAACGGUCAACAAAAUCGGGAGGACAUAAAUGACACACAACUAUCAUAGGUUGGGACACAAAUGUCAUAUUGGAUAAUUUAGUCCACAAAUGACACAAUCUUGAUAGUUCGAGUUUCCUAGUGGUAUUAGCCCUUUAUUCUUUUACCUUUUAUUUACAUUUUCAUUUCUUUCCUAUACGAUUUCGGAAUACUAUUUUUUCAAGAAACCCUUUGAUUUUGC